AUGGAGGCGGCGGAGCUGCGCUGCACGGCGGCCGUGGAGCAGCCGCUGCCGGGGGGACUCGCCCCGCGCCGCCGCGUGAUGCGGGCCGCGACCGUGCUGCUGGGCCGCAACGAGCUGCGGCAGCCCGUGCUGCGGGUGGCCGGCGGCAGCGGCACGGCGGCGGCGGUGCUGAACUUCGUGCUGGCCCGUGACACCGUGAGGCUCUUCACGCGGUUCGCGGGCGAGGGGCGGGCGGCGGUGCGGGUGGGGCCGGACGGCGCCCAGGUGCUGCUGUCCGACUGCCCCCCAGACGCGCUGCGUCGCUUCCUCCGCCUUCUGCGGCUCAAGGUGGCCGCGGGGUCGCGGGACGCGUCGCGCCGCCCCCGCCUGCUGGACCGGCCGCCGCCGUCUUUCUCUGUCAUCAGCCCGGUGCAGGAGCGGGACCUGCUGUGCGGACCCGGCCGCCGCCGUGCGGGCGAAGAGCGAGGGGAGAGCCCGGCGGAGGUGCCCCGCGCCGAGAGGCGGCCCCCGGCGAGGCUCUCGGCGGAGCAGGAGGCGGUGCUGCGCGCCGUGCGGAGCGGAAAGAGCGUCUUCUUCACCGGCUCUGCAGGGACUGGGAAGUCAUUCCUCCUGAAGAGGAUCGUGGGCUCCCUCCCUCCGAACAUCACCUACGCUACAGCCAGCACGGGAGUGGCGGCUUGUCACAUCGGUGGCACGACUCUCCACGCCUUUGCAGGGAUCGGUUCUGGGAAGGCACCGCUAGAACAGUGCAUUCAGCUGGCAGAGAGGCCAGGGGUGCGCCAGCAUUGGCUGGCCUGCCAGCACUUAAUUAUUGAUGAGAUCUCAAUGGUGGAUGGCAAGUUCUUUGACAGGUUGGAGGCAGUGGCAAGGGCAGUCAGAAAACGGGAUGAGCCUUUUGGAGGAAUUCAGCUAAUUAUCUGUGGAGAUUUCUUACAGUUACCCCCAGUCUGCAAGGCUAAUGAAGAAACCAAGUUCUGCUUCCAGGCAAAAAGCUGGAGGAAAUGCAUCCACAUAAACAUGGAGCUGACUGAAGUGCGGAGACAGACUGACAAGACCUUUGUCUCGCUCCUCAGUGCAAUCCGUUUAGGCAGGUGCACAGAGGAGGUUACCAGACAGCUGAUGCAGACGGCCGCUCACAGGUCUGAGCGUGAUGGGAUCCUGGCUACGAGGCUCUGCACCCAUAAAGAUGAUGUAGAAAUAACCAAUGAGAGACGCUUGCAAGAGCUACCAGGAGAAGUGCAUGUGUUUGAGGCUUUGGACAGUGACCCAAUGCUAGUGAAGUUAAUUGAUGCUCAGUGUCCUGUGGGUGGUAGAGUUGAGCUAAAGCUCGGAGCUCAGGUGAUGUUAGCAAAGAAUCUGGAUGUGUCUCAAGGGUUGGUGAACGGGGCACGAGGUGUUGUUGUAGGAUUUGAAAGUGAACAGAAGAGGCUGCCUAAGGUGAGGUUUCUCUGUGGGGUCACACAGCUCAUAAAAAUGGAGAAAUGGAUCAUUAAAGGACCAUCAGGAGUUCAUCUGAGUCGUCAGCAAUUACCUUUAAAAUUGGCAUGGGCCAUUUCCAUUCACAAGAGUCAGGGCAUGUCUUUAGACUGUGUGGAAAUCUCCCUGUCUCGUGUCUUUGAAAGUGGGCAGGCUUACGUAGCCCUCUCCCGAGCCCGAAGCCUUGCGGGUCUCCGUGUUCUGGAUUUUGACCCAAAAGUAGUGAGGGCUGAUCCUGCUGUGCUGCAGUUCUACAGACAGCUGAGACGUCAUCAGCUUCUAACCCAGGAUUCACUACACACCCAUUCAGGUGCUGAUGAGAAGGAAAACUGGAAAUGCAACUGAGGAUGCUCUUCUGGUUUCUGUGAUGUAUCAGCACAGACUGCUGAGGUGCGGCCAUCUUGUUGUGUAUAUUUGAUAAUAUAGAUGAAAGGAGAUUUUUUAGAUGUUUGCUUCAUUCAGCUGACUCUGGAUAUGUAGAACAAUCCCAACCUUACAUCUGUGGAAUUUGGAAGGCUUC